AUGAACUCAAACUUGAUAACGUUUGUCACAGCAGCAAUCUCACUCUCAACACUCUCUGGUGCAUCUUCGCAAUGCUACUUCCCCAACAGUAAACCCACAGAAGACUAUGGGUAUACUUACCAGCCUUGCGGAGGCAGAAACACGACGUGGCAACAGUGCUGUGAUUCUGACACGGAUAUCUGCGUUGAGAAUGGCCUGUGUAAGCAUCUCGAGGACAAUACCACCCGCGAGUAUGACUAUAGAGCUGGGUGUAUGAAUGCGGACUGGUCAGAGUGUCCGCAAGUUUGCCUUGAGGUUUCGGCAUCCUCCCCGGUUCUAGUAAAGAAAUGCCCUUCAGGAGACUACUGCUGCAUGGUAAAGGGUGCUACAAGUGAAUGCUGUUUGGACGACAGCCGGCAAUUUGAUCUCUCCGAUCAUAAUCCCAACGCAAAGAAUACCACGGGAGCAGCAGGAAGCGGUAAUGAAGGGAUGCAGAAUGGGAAGGAUGCUUCUGGCGGCUCUGGCUGCAAACCUAGCAGAGUCACGAUUGGAGCUGCUGUUGGAGGUGCGGUGGGUGGUCUUGCGAUAAUUGGUGGCGUAUUCUGCGUGUGGCUGUAUCUGAGAAAGAAGAGAGCCAAGCAAGAGAAGAAGGCAAUUGCUCAGAGCGAGGCAUUGAGCCCACCGGAGAUGAAACAAGCCUUAGAGGCGGGAGCUGGUUCGAUGACUGGGCGCAAAGACACUUCUGAAGCGGACAUGAAAGAUCAUCCUUCAGUGGUGGAAAUGGAUUCAGCGGUGGUCUACGAGUUGGGCGAUUAG